CAUAUGACAGUCAUUCGUCUGCAUUCAAGAAAUAUGGGUGUAACAAUGGCUCUAUUUUACCUAACUCUUGUUUUAUCAAUCCUCGGUGCAAAUGGCGCUGGAGUAUUUAGUGUGCUCCAUAGCCCCGAGUCCUUAAAAUUCUCGGGUACGUCUGAAGUCGAUGAAAGCUUACUAAAAGAAGUAUUAUCGGCUGGUUUUGGUCUAUCCGUUGACAAGAACUCUGCAUGGAAUGGAUUAUCAAUAGUAGAUCCAUUCAACACUCCAGAAGCCAUUGUCGAAGUUUAUGUCGAAGGUGUAUCUAGCCUUGGCAGUAUUGUUGAAGCAAAAGCGAGAAAUUAUCCAUUAGUGGUGGAUGAGUAUGAGCCGGACACAUUCAAAGUUAUCAAACACAGAAUUGAGCAGCGAUUCAGCAAUGGUGGUAACACCCUCAUAAGUAUCCAGCUGUCCAACCCUGGAGAGUUCCAGUCUUUCUCUGGCGUGUUUGGUGAACUGUCGCCACCAAAGGUUCCGAAACAAACACUACAACAUUUGAAAAGUGAUGUUGAAGAAGACUAUCAAUUUUUGGCUGAAUUAGAGGCUUUGAAACUUUUCAUUAGCAAGAUCAACUCAGGUGCAAUCAGCCCGGACAACAUUAUUGAUUUCUACAACUUCAGAUUCCGUUCACUGCACGCCUUGUCCGAUCUCCAUGGUCCCAACUCAUUACAGACUAAGGAGGCAAAGAAACUUUUAGGCGGGGCGCUGAUCGAGCUGAGCAAGGCGUUUACGAAGGCGUACGACGGCGCUGUGCUGGUGACUGCUGUGUGUACGGACGUGGCGCACACUCGCCGCGCCGUGCGCUCCGCCCGCCUUCCCCGUCAGGUCACGACACCAACGACUCCGGCCGCUCCAUCCGCCUCACCCUCUUCCACCAGUUACUCGGCUGACUACGCGGCCAUCUUCAACAUCUUGCUGUGGUUCGGCGUGGUGUUCGUUUUCACUUUGGUCGCCAUCGUGUACGCCAUCAUGGACAUGGACCCCGGCAGGGACUCCAUCAUCUAUCGCAUGACCAGCACGAGGAUGAAGAAAGAUAAUUAAACUGCAUUCUUGUUUCUUAUGCCUUUACACACAGGGCAGUAGUCGGCCAGUAUUGUUGAUGUUUGAGCGGUCAGUACUUCAAACAAUAGCAGUACUGCACUAUCUUCUGCUCUGCACUCGUGUGUAACUGGCUUUAGCAGGACUUGUAGUCGCUCGAUAUAGUAGUGUUGCUUCCUUACGUAAAUACGAUUCAUGGGGUAACUCCCAUUUUCAGAGUGUAAAUUAAAUUAGCGACACAUUUUAUGUAUAUAAGUGUAAAUUAUGUUUAUUUUCCUGUGUGAUAUGUAAUUUGUUGAAGUGAAUUGUUUGCAUUCUGUUAUUUUUAAUUUCAGUUCAAUACACUAAUGAAGAUUU